CAUCUGCAUCCCAUACGGCGUCGACGACCAUCGCCUUCGGGCGCAGCGAAACGGUAAUACUAAUUCUAGCAGCAUAGCAUCGUCGACCAUCACGGCCACCAGCAACGGCCUUAACGAUCCCGUCCACACCGCCCUCAAUCUCUAAACACCCCGGAUCGACCAACAAACGCAAACGACGACCUACCCCGGCAAAUGAUAUCCUAACCACGAUUCUUUCGUAUUCCACAAAGAGAUACCUGCUCGGAGAGUGACAAUAUUGCGACAACUUGAAAGACACGACUGACGCGAACAUGCCCCUAUCCGAUGGCGUCCCCUCCUCCCCUCCCAGACCGGGAGCAUCCCUGGAAGACUCCCUGAAAUACUACAAAGCGCAAUAUGAGCUCUUAGAAGCCGAAUUGGAAGACUUUCAAGCAUCCAGCAAAGAACUUGAAGCAGAAUUGGAAAAGGAUAUUGAAGCGUCCGAAAAGCGAGAACGUCAAUUAAAGGAGAAGGCCACCAAUCUCCAAUAUGAAGUAGACGAAUGGAAGGCCAAAUACAAGCAAUCCAAGACCGAGGCUUCAAACGCUCAAAAUGUGCUACAAAAAGAGAUUACAGAACUACGAGACAUCAAUCGCACGCUACAGAUGCGCCUGCGCGACAUCGAGGUUGCCAAUGAUGACUUUGAGAAGAAACAACGAAAUACCGAGUCUUCGCUAGAGGAUAUGGAGGCCAAGUAUAACCAAACAAUUGAGCGCAGUGUGCUACUGGAAGAGGAAAUGCGCUCAACCGAACAAGAACGGGAAGACCUGCGCAUCGAGGCGCAAAGGUUGAGAGACGAGCUCUCCGACCUCAAGAUCGAGACCGACAUCACCAAAGAAAAGUUACGGAAAGCAGAGGCUGCAGCUCGAAAGAACUUGACACUGCAACCUAUAAACAUUACUAACUCAUCUCCUCGCUCCGAACUGUCGCCUACAACUACGAACGCUUCUUCCCCUACAUUCGACACUCCGCCCGCAAAGACUGCUUCAUCUUCUGGACUUUCCGAUACGCCAACUCCGCCAUCACCACCCAUAUCAGACAAGUCCGGCCAUGUUUCAAAACCUUUGACAACUCCAGGCAUUCCCAAAAGACUGUCUACGACGAAUGGGUCCGGCAUCCAGCGUCCAGCUUCUUCAGUCUCCAACACAAGGCCCAACGGCCAUGUCCGUGGACCUUCGACAUUAUCGCGGACUGGUCCUUCAUCUUCCUUUCGUCAGAGUCUGUCAAAGACCACUCUUCCUCAACGAUCAGCCGCGCUACCUCAAUCUGCAUCGCUCAUCCAUAUUAGAAACCUGCGCGGCAAGAUGCAAAAGUUGGAGGAACGUGUGCACAACGCAAGGUCCAAACUUCCGGCUCCUGUAAAUACUCCUCCGAAGAUGUCUCCCAGAUCAGGUUCGGCACUGGGCACUCACAUCCCAUCAUCCGUGACUGUUCGUACCCGAAAACGUACUGGUGGCAGUACCAUAAGUGGAGCAGAGUCACUACCGGACAAGGCGCAAGAAUCUCCUUCCAAACCCAAACCAAAACCUAGUCGGCUGUCCUUGAGUCAAAAUCAGCCGCCAUCUCCGACAAGAGGCGACAUGGCCGCACCCCCGCCGCUACGACCUUCGUCUCGAGCGAGUGGGAUAUCAGGGCGGUCGUCGUUCGCACCAAGCCACAGUCGUCCGGGUAGUCGGGCGAGCGUUUCGGGCUUCCGAGCAACCCUAGGUGGCGGCGUCGGAGCAAACUUUGCCCCGAAUGCUUCGACGGAUAGAGUUCGGCCGAAGAGCAGUCUGAGCAGCUACGGGUAUGACGGCGCAGUGGACGAAGACAGCAGUGAGAUUGCCUCGACGGACUUGAAAGAUGCAGCGACCCCGACCCCCCGACGGACAACUUUUGCCAAAAGGGGCAGCGAUGUUGGGUCGGCCAUUCCAAGCCCGACCAAGCGGACCAGUCUAGGCGGUGCGACAAGCAAAUUGCCUGGUCCUGGCAGAAGGCAGAGCUCUGGUUUUGUCCGUGCGAGCAGUGGUACUGGCCCCGGUGACAUGAGGCCGCCGUCUCGACAAUUGAAUCAUGUCCGGGAAGGUUAUGACGUGAAUGAAUCGUAUUGACUGGGCGCAUAUUCUGGACAGUGGUGUUUAGAACGACGUUGCCGGGUGCUUGGAAUGCAUCGAGUCAUGCCGGUCAUGAGUUUACGGUCGCAUUUUGGGAACUAGCAAGGUGUUUACGGCACACGACUUGACAACCUCAGGAUCACGACAUUGCAUAUUGGGUGGAUAUGAUAUUUGGGUGGCUCUACGAUGUAUGUUCUUCUUGAUUGUCUCGAUUGGUAUGUUCCGAGACCGAUUGGCAUGAUUGAUACCCUUGGGAACAAGAGAAUAAGAUGAUCGAACGUGAAACCACGGACCACGAUAAUUUCAAUGCAUUCUCCGG